AUAUAAUAUACCUGUUCAUAGUUGAGUUUCACUGAACUACGUGAAUUACAGUUUACAACCUCGUAUUUAUUAAAUUGUUUAAUAUCUUGCCUUUGUAUAUGCUAAUUUUUAAUUUAAACAAUGAGUCUUAUAGCGUACGGUAGUAGCGACGAUAAUUCUGAAGAUGAAGAAGUUAAUUCCGGUGAAUGUAGUGAUGAUAAAAAUAAAAUCACGAUUCUAACCAAAUCUUUGAAGAAGGAUUUAUGUGUACCUUCUCCAAAAAAUAACACAGAUGUAAAACUAAUUGUAAAUAAUGAAUCAUUAUCAAAAUUUAAUUGGAGUAUAUUGCCAAAACCAAUAAAUGUGAACACAGAGAAAAUGGAUUUGAAGGAGGAGGGUGAUAUUCCAAUGAAGAAGGAAUUAGAACAAGAGAAAAGACCAACUAAAAAGCCAGUUAAAAUAAUGAUUCGAUCCUUAUGUGAAUUCAAAGAUUUAGAUGAAGAGGAUAAGAAAAAACAAAAUAGGAUUGCACCAAUAGAAAAAGGAUCAGGACUUUUCUCUAUUUUACCACCUCCUAAGAUACUGGAACAAAAAAGUAUCAAACCUUUAAUACCAAAUGUUGUUGUUAAGUCACAAAAUGUAUCGACUACAAAAAAUAUUAUAUUACCAAGCGACAAGUUGAAAGAAUCAAAUUACGAAUCAAAUUCUGAAGAUGAAGAAGAAAGCGAUGCAAAUAAAAAUAAUUAUCACGGAUCAGGGAUGGAUUUCUUUGCUUUGAAUACAGUAAAAUCUAUCACAGAUACAGAUUCUAUGACGUUGGAUUUAAAGAAUACAGAAAGUAAUGAUUUUGUAUCGACGUCAACAUUUUUGAAUGAAUCUAAAGCAAAAGAUAAUACAAAUGGAAAUAAUAUUGUACAUGACAAUAAUACGGAACAGUAUAUUCAAAAUUCGAAUUUGACAUUAAUAAGUAAUGUUAUAAAUUUACCGAAAGAAGAAAUAUUAAUAAAAAAUAAAGCAGAGAUUGGACCAAAAUUACCCAUUCCUGAACAAGAAUAUAACGUAGAUGCCGAUGGUAACGUAGCAUUUGAUGAAAAAGCUAUAGAAUAUUUGUGCGGUAAGAGAGGUAUAAAGAGAAAAUGUAAGGAAAUGGAAAAAGCAAACAUAAUUGAAAUAAGUGGCGAUGAUAUUAAACCCGAUGAAAGGGAAUGGUUAGUGAAGGCAUUAACGGAAGAACCUGUACAGAGGCCUGUGUCUAUGCAAAGUAGUGGAAUUAAUUUUCAAUCCAAAAAGAAGCAUCAAAUUACAUACUUAGCGCACCAAGCUAAAGCUAUGGAACUUGAAUUGAAGAAUCAAUGGUCUCUUAACAGAAUGACAAGGAAACAAACACAAUCGAAGUAUGGUUUUUAAAAACAGGUGAAAAUAUCAAAUUAUUUAUCACAAAUGCGAAUCUAUUUCUGAUAAAAUCAUCCUUCGUAAAAAGGUUAUUAUAAUAUAUAAUGAUAAAAAAUAAUAUUAUAAUGUUAUAACAGGUAGUGAUAUUUUUCUAGACUAGUAUUUAAUUGUAGAAUUCGAUCGAAACAAUUUUCAAUGGAUGUGAUAUAUUUUUUUCUUCAAAAUAAUUAAUGAUGUUAAUUUUACAGAAUUCGUUCUAUGAAACUAUAUUUGUAAUAUAGUUACAUAAUGUUACAUCCAUUGAGCCGAUGUUUAUGAAAAUGGUUCAAGUCUGAGAUAUUAAAUAACAUAUUUUGUCACACAUAAACACAAACACACACACGUGCGCGCGUUAUUUUUAAUAUUUUAAAAUUAUAUAAAAGAAUUAUAUUUCUUAAGAAUAAUUAUACUUACUUUCUUUAUUUGUCGGUAUAGAUAAAUAAAUAAUUUUUAAAUAAUUCAAAUCCAAAUGUCAAAAUAUCUCAAAAUGAAAAAUAUAUUAUUUUGAUAUAUUUGAUGAAUUAAUUCAUACUUAUCGGCUCAAUUAUUAUUAAAGAUUAUGUAAUAGUAAUUGUUUUAUAUUUAAUACAUCAGAUACCAUCAGACUAUAAUUAUUUUUUGCUAGUCGUUGUCGAGUAAGAUCUCCGUUUUUGAUCGAUAUCACGUAAAAUCUCGCGAAUCGAUUUGGAAUCAUUCUUAUACUUAAGUUCUAAAUAAAAUACGAGAGUCGAUAUCGAUAAUCCAAGUAAAAGCAAAAAAAAAGCAGCUCCUAAAGGUAUUAAAGUGAGUACUCUCAAUCUUCCAUCCUUUCCAUCGUAUUCUACGAGAACUUCCCGAAGAUUAAAACCAGCACGUCGUCGUAAAACAUCCUGCAAAUGAAAAGUAAUGAUCCCGGAUUCCCUUAAUCGUAACAUCAUCUGAAACACGAUAAAUUCAUUUUCAGAAUUGAAAUAAUGUAUUGUAAUUUCGAAAUUAUAUAAAUAAAUAAUUUUGUUCGAAGUA